AUGCCGCCGAAGAAAAGAAGUACAGAAAAUGCAGAUUCUGAGUCUGAUGUGUUGCAUAGUUCGGAAGGUCCAUCUAGUGAAGCUGAACCUAAAGUACAACGCAAACGAGCAACCCCAAGGCAAGGACAUGCAGCAAUAGUUCUCGCGAUUGAUGUUGGCUCUACGUCUUCGUUUAAGUCAGUCCCCGAUGAAACGGAAUCUGACUUGCAAAGAUCGCUUCAAAUUGCUGAUUGGAUUAUCUCUCGUAAGCUCUUCACCGAUUCUAAAGAUCAGUUUUCCUUGGUGUUUUUUGGUCACGAAUGCACAACUGAUGAUAACUACUCAAAUGUCUACGUACAUAAUGUUGAAUUUGAGCGUGCUCGCGUUGAAUGGCUGCAAGUAUUCAAAAACGAGGUUCAAACAAAUCCGAAAUGCCCAGGCGAUUAUUUGGCCGCACUUUUUGCUUCAUUGGAACAAUUGAAAAUUCAUGGGGAGGUUGGUAAGGAUGGAAUAACUGAAGCAACAGUUACAUUAAUUAGUAAUUUUGGGGGAUUAAAUGAAGAUGAUCAGGUUUUUGAGGUCUUGGAUUCAGUUGUAGAGGCAUUCAAUACAGUUGGAGCUAAAUUGCUUAUCAUGGAAAGUCUAUCCAAACUGAAAUUUUUCAUUCCAAAAUCGCUUACACCAAGAGGGCAGCCUUUCAAUCUUGAAUUGGGAAAAGAUUUUUCAGUUCGUGUACAAUUGUAUGUUAAAAAUCAAGAGGUUGUGUUACAAGAACGUUUUGAUCCUGUUUCCUUCUCUUCUACUUCUACUGCUGAUAGACUUGAACAACCUCAAAUAUUAAAAAAGAUUAGACGUUAUGAAACAGUAGCAGAUCAUGAAACAAGUAUUCCAUUAGCAGCUAUUGAUUCUACUCCCGAUAUUUCCUUUACUAGUACAAGCACUAUAAAUAAAGCUUUGAGUAGUAUGCCUUCUGGUAAAUUGGUGCAAAAAGAGGAUAUUGUUAGAGGUUAUCGUUAUGGUUCUACAAUUGUCACUUUUGACAAAGCAAUACAGAUGAUGUCUGAUGUUCCGCGUGAAGGCAAGCAACUUCAGCUCAUUCAAUUUGCUAGAAAAGAAAAUAUUCUUCCUCAAUUUCUUGUUAGUAGUCCACGAUACAUUCUUCCACAUAAAGAUGGAAAAGGGAGUGUAGCUACACGAGAAGCUGAUCUAAAAUCGUUUAAUACACUUUCUGCGAUUGUAAAUGCAAUGUUAAAAAAGGGAGUUGUUGCUUUAUGCCGUUAUGCUUAUAAUGUUGCGUCUAAUCCGCGUCUAUCUUGUCUUAUUCCAAAAAUCACAAAAAAGGAAAACUAUCCAGUGAGAAUUGUCACAAUUUUAAUUUUUAAUCCUAUUAAGAUUCUUAUCCAUUAUCUAAUGCCAUUUCGUGAUGAUUUUCGUUAUUUUGACUUUCCUUUAAUACUUUCAGAAGAAAUUACAGGCAAAUAA